GCGGGGCGGGCGGCGGCGGGGCCCGAGCCCGAGAAGAUGGCGGUGCGGAAGAAGGACGGCGGCCCCAACGUGAAGUACUACGAGGCCGCGGACACCGUGACCCAGUUCGAUAACGUGCGGCUCUGGCUCGGCAAGAACUACAAGAAGUACAUACAGGCGGAACCACCGACCAACAAGUCCCUGUCGAGCCUGGUUGUGCAGUUGCUCCAGUUUCAGGAAGAGGUUUUUGGCAAACAUGUCAGCAACGCACCCCUUACCAAACUGCCGAUCAAAUGUUUCCUGGAUUUCAAAGCAGGAGGAUCCCUGUGCCACAUUCUUGCAGCUGCUUACAAAUUCAAGAGCGACCAGGGGUGGCGGCGUUACGAUUUCCAGAACCCGUCCCGCAUGGACCGCAAUGUGGAAAUGUUCAUGACCAUUGAGAAGUCCUUGGUGCAGAAUAAUUGCCUGUCUCGACCUAACAUUUUCCUGUGCCCAGAGAUUGAGCCCAAACUGCUAGGGAAAUUAAAAGACAUUGUUAAGAGACACCAGGGAACUGUUACCGAGGACAAGAGCAGUGCCUCCCAUGUUGUGUAUCCUGUCCCAGGGAACCUAGAAGAAGAGGAAUGGGUACGACCAGUUAUGAAGAGAGACAAGCAAGUUCUUCUGCACUGGGGCUACUACCCUGACAGUUACGAUACGUGGAUCCCAGCUAGUGAAAUUGAAGCAUCUGUGGAAGAUGCUCCAACGCCUGAGAAACCUCGGAAGAUUCACGCCAAGUGGAUCCUCGACACAGACACCUUCAAUGAGUGGAUGAAUGAGGAAGACUAUGAAGUCAAUGAUGACAAAAGCCCUGUUUCCCGACGGAAGAAGAUCUCGGCGAAGACGCUAACAGAUGAGGUAAACAGCCCGGAUUCAGACAGACGGGACAAGAAGGGGGGGAACUAUAAGAAGAGGAAGCGUUCUCCCUCUCCUUCGCCGACCCCAGAAGCUAAGAAGAAGAACGCCAAGAAAGGACCCUCAACACCUUACACCAAGUCAAAGCGAGGCCACAGAGAAGAGGAGCAAGAAGAGCUGACGAAAGACAUGGAUGAGCCCUCGCCAGUCCCAAAUGUAGAAGAGGUGACACUCCCCAAAGCAGUCAACACUAAGAAGGACUCGGAGUCAGCUCCAGUUAAAGGAGGCACCAUGACUGACCUGGAUGAACAGGAGGAUGAAAGCAUGGAGACCACGGGCAAGGAUGAGGACGAGAGCAGCACAGGCAACAAGGGGGAGCAGACCAAGAAUCCAGACCUGCACGAGGACAAUGUAACCGAGCAGACCCAUCACAUCAUCAUCCCCAGCUACGCCGCCUGGUUUGACUACAACAGUGUUCACGCCAUUGAGCGGAGGGCUCUCCCUGAGUUCUUCAACGGCAAGAACAAGUCCAAGACUCCAGAGAUCUAUCUGGCAUAUCGAAACUUCAUGAUUGACACUUACCGACUGAAUCCCCAGGAGUAUCUAACAUCCACUGCCUGUCGGCGGAACUUGGCGGGUGAUGUCUGCGCUAUCAUGAGGGUCCAUGCCUUCCUGGAACAAUGGGGUCUUAUUAACUACCAGGUAGAUGCUGAGAGCCGACCAACCCCAAUGGGGCCUCCACCCACGUCUCACUUCCAUGUCUUGGCGGACACACCAUCAGGGCUGGUUCCUCUUCAGCCCAAGACCCCACAGGGCCGCCAGGUUGAUGCUGAUACCAAGGCUGGGCGGAAGGGCAAAGAGCUGGAUGACCUGGUGCCAGAGACGGCUAAGGGCAAGCCAGAGCUGCAGAGCUCUGCUUCCCAGCAAAUGCUCAACUUUCCUGACAAAGGCAAAGAGAAACCCACGGACAUGCAGAACUUUGGACUGCGCACAGACAUGUAUACAAAGAAGAAUGUCGCCUCCAAGAGCAAAGCUGCAGCCAGCGCCACUCGGGAGUGGACAGAACAGGAGACGCUGCUGCUCCUGGAGGCUCUGGAAAUGUACAAGGAUGACUGGAACAAAGUGUCUGAACAUGUCGGGAGCCGCACGCAGGAUGAGUGCAUCUUGCAUUUUCUUCGCCUUCCCAUUGAAGACCCAUACCUGGAGGACUCGGAGGCCUCCCUAGGCCCUCUGGCCUACCAGCCCAUCCCCUUCAGUCAGUCGGGCAACCCUGUUAUGAGCACUGUUGCCUUCCUGGCCUCUGUCGUCGACCCCCGAGUCGCCUCUGCUGCUGCGAAGUCAGCCUUAGAAGAGUUCUCCAAAAUGAAGGAAGAGGUGCCCACAGCCUUGGUGGAAGCCCACGUGCGGAAAGUGGAAGAAGCAGCCAAGGUCACAGGCAAGGCAGAUCCCGCCUUUGGUCUGGAAAGCAGCGGCAUUGCGGGAACCACCUCUGACGAGCCUGAGCGCAUUGAGGAAAGUGGGACUGAUGAGGCCCGGGCAGAGGGCCAGGCGGCAGAUGAGAAGAAGGAGCCGAAGGAACCACGGGAAGGAGCAGGUAUUGCAGAGGAAGAAGCGAAGGAGGAAGCCAGUGAGGCUCCCAAGAAGGAUGAGGAGAAAGGGAAAGAUGGGGACAGUGAGAAGGAGUCCGAGAAGAGCGACGGGGACACGGCAGCUGAUCCUGAGAAAGACAAGGAGCCAAAAGAAGGACAGGAGGAAGUGCUGAAGGAGGCGGUGGAGUCAGAGGGGGAGAGGAGAACAAAGGUGGAGCGAGACAUUGGUGAGGGGAACCUCUCCACAGCUGCUGCCGCUGCCCUGGCCGCUGCCGCGGUCAAGGCCAAGCACUUGGCUGCAGUGGAGGAGAGGAAGAUCAAGUCUUUGGUGGCCCUGCUGGUGGAGACCCAGAUGAAGAAACUAGAGAUUAAACUCCGCCAUUUUGAGGAGCUAGAGACAAUAAUGGACCGGGAGCGAGAAGCACUGGAGUACCAGAGGCAGCAGCUCCUGGCUGACCGGCAGGCCUUCCACAUGGAGCAGCUGAAGUACGCAGAGAUGAGGGCCCGGCAGCAGCACUUCCAGCAGAUGCACCAGCAGCAGCAGCAGCAGCAGCCACCAACCCUGCCCCCCGGCUCCCAGCCCAUACCCCCGCCUGGGGCUGCUGGGCCUCCCACGGCCCACGGUCUAGCUGUGGCUCCAGCAGCUGUGGCCCCUGCUCCUGCUGGCGGUGGGGCCCCUCCUGGAAGCUUGGGCCCUUCUGAGCAGAUCGGGCAAGCAGGGUCAGCUGCAGGGCCACAACAGCCACAAGCAGCUGGAGCCUCCCAGCCUGGGGCAGUCCCACCAGGGGUACCCCCCCCUGGACCCCACGGCCCCUCACCGUUCCCCAACCAACAAACUCCUCCCUCAAUGAUGCCAGGGGCAGUGCCAGGCAGCGGGCACCCAGGCGUGGCGGGUAAUGCUCCUUUGGGUUUGCCUUUUGGCAUGCCGCCUCCUCCUCCUCCUGCUGCUCCAUCCAUCAUCCCAUUUGGUAGUCUAGCUGACUCCAUUGGUAUUAACCCUCCUCCUCCUAACCUGCAUGGGCAUCACCACCAUCUCCCGUUUGCCCCGGGCACUAUCCCCCCACCUAACCUGCCUGUGUCCAUGGCGAACCCUCUACAUCCUAACCUGCCGGCGACCACCACCAUGCCAUCUUCCUUGCCUCUCGGGCCGGGGCUCGGAUCCGCCGCAGCCCAGAGCCCUGCCAUUGUGGCAGCUGUUCAGGGCAACCUCCUGCCCAGUGCCAGCCCACUGCCAGGUGAGAAGGGGCCAAGAGGGGAGAAGGGCGAGGGAGAGGGCUCCACAUGGUGGGAAGGAGGGCAGGCGGGUGAAGGGUUAGAUACUAGAAUUUCCACAGCCGUUCUCAGCACUCUGGUAAAACUAGAACACAGGAGGAAGGGCCUCUCUGGCUGUCCUCCACUUCCCCAUUUGGCAGCUGCCACCUCUGGGAUGACGCUGGGGCCAUUCACUGGUGGGUCAUGGAGGAGUCCAGUGCGCAGAGGACCUCCGCUGUAAACCUGGACACUAGCUGCCCAUACGCAUGACGAUGGCAUUCCUUUGCUUGUUCCCACCACAUUCAGAUGCCCUAUCUAAAGUUCUUGGGGGCAGGAAGAUGGUUUGGGGUCUUCCCAGUGUCAGGUGGAGAGGGGUAUUGGGGAAAAGAAGCUAAACAGCGUGGGUACCUCAUCCAUCUACCCACCCACUGCAUGUCAUGCCCAGUUUGUGUGUGGAGCCUGGGGCUGGUUCGUUUCCUCUGCUUGCUCCAGCUCAUUCAUCUUCCUUCUCUCCACAGACCCCAGCACCCCCCUGCCUCCAGACCCCACAGCUCCGAGCCCAGGCACAGUCACCCCUGUGCCACCUCCACAGUGAGGAGCCAGCCAGCCAUCUUUCCCCCUCACUCCCCAUGGAGGUCACAGUUCCAGGAACAGCCCUCCCCCACUUCUGGGACCUCUCUGAGCCUGGAGAGUUCAUCACUACGUAAGGAAAGCUCCUCAUGCCCCCUCACCGCCCCACCAUGCCCAUCAGAGGUGUGCAGUUUUAUAUCCAGAUCUUAUCCACGGACUUCUGACUAAAAGAUGUUCCUCAUGCCUGGGAGAGGAACAGGCCUGGGGAGGCUAGGAUGGAAAUGGAGCCCUCAAAGGAAGGGCUAGGGAAAGAUGUUUAUAGGAGAUUCUGCUAACCACUUCUGAGGGUGCCACCUUCAGACUACUGUAUUUUUGAAGUGGAUAUCGUGAAAACGAAACCCUUUAAAAGGGAGGUUUUAAAAAGACAUAUUGGAGUCCACAAAAAAUAACUUUUUUUGAGGGGGAAGGGCAGAUUUUAAGGGGAAUUAAGGUUUGGGGGCGAGCUAUGGGGAUGGCCUAGGGUACCAAGCCUGUCUCCCUGAGCCCCUUGGCACUAAGUCAGCUCCCUCACCCAUUCCAGUUUACCAUGCUGAGCCUCCCGCUGCUUGUCAUUGCUGCCGUUUUAGGCCACAGCUCAGCAAUGACCUUCCCUCUGAAUGUCAGCUGUGUUUGUUUUUAAAAGUCACCUGCUUAGUUGAUGUCAGCGUACGUGUAUUUGGUGGGGAUAUGUAUUUUGGGGGGAUUCCAUGGUAGACGAUAGAGGAAGGAAGGGCCGCAGUUGGGGCUGUUCUUCCUGCUCUUUCUGGUUGUAUCUGUGAGAGCCUAGAUGGCUUGAAGCGGGAGCUCUAAGAGGAUGGGGAGUUUGCAAACCCUGAAAAUUUGAAAAGCACUUAAGACCUGUGGGGACACUCUGCUAACUUCUGCCCUCUCCCACCAAGCCUGACAGACCCUCACUGAUAGCUAGGAGUUCCCCAAAUGAGGACAAAGAUUUGGGGGCAGCACGGCAUGGCCCUGCUCCCUGAACUUCAGUGCCUCUGCACUCCGGUUCCUUCUCCUCACCCUCCUCGUGAGGCAGACAGGAUCCCAGGCUCCACACCAAUGCUUGGCCCCUCCUGCCAGGCCCUUUGUUCCUCCUGUCCCGGUGUUUCUUUUCCUCUGCAUCCUGGCACCUUUCUUCUGUUCAAAGUUUUCUGUGAAAUUUUCUUUUCUUUGUUCUUUUUCUUAAUUUUUUUUUUUUUUUAUAAAUUAAUUUGCUUUCAGUUC